AUGAUCAAGAUUCCAAACGUUAAAAUCCCGGAAUGGGACACGACACAAUACGAGGGAGGAUCAUUCUUAAACCCUUUCAUUUCAAACGACUCCGACACACAAUUUUCCAUUACCGAAGAUUUCGACUUACCUCUUCAUCUUUUCUCUACCGACCAUUUCCGAAUGUUCGAAUACAAAGUUAGAAAAUGCCAGCGUGGCAGGUCGCACGACUGGACGGAAUGUCCGUACUCUCAUCCCGGCGAGAAGGCUCGCCGGAGAGACCCUCGGAAGUUUCAUUACUCCGGGACACCUUGCUCGGAGUUUCGCAGAUUAGGAAACUGUACCAAAGGUGAUUCAUGUUACUUCGCGCAUGGUGUUUUCGAAUGCUGGCUUCAUCCUUCUCGUUACAGGACACAGCUUUGUAACGACGGGACCGCUUGUCGCCGGCGUGUCUGUUUCUUUGCUCACACCAUUGAUCAGCUUCGGCUCUCAGGUAAGGCUUCACCGGAAACAUUUGUUUCUUCUCCUACUUCGGUUCUUGAUUCUCCUCCGGGAAACUCACGAUACGGUGUCGUUCCGGCGAAUAUGCGGGAAUUAGUUGACUGCAUGAGAGAUGUUCGAAUUAUGGAUUCGGGUCGGGUUGGAUCUCCGCCGGGUGGGUUUUUUAGUCUUCCAUCAAGAUAUGAAGGGGUUUGUAUGGAGAGGGUGGAAUCUGGAAGAGAUCUCAGAGCCAAAAACUAUGGGAAAUUCAGUACGAUGAACUUCAACGACGGUGCUGUUUCGGUUCCUGUUCCUGAUUUUGGAUGGGUUUCGGAACUGGUUAACUGA